AAAGCGGAAGUGCGUCCGUUUUGUGGCGCUUCCGCGUUUUCAUUCUCGGUCAUUUGAUCUUUGAUUGGGUUAUUUUAUCUGCGUGUUGUCAGUUUUCCGACGUUUUUAUUAGAUCGGGGUCAUUUGAGAUCUCAAACACAACAGGUAUGGAUAAAAUACACGUUUUGCUGUCGAUAUUUGUCGUUCUGAUGAUUCGUGACUCAUUUAGUGAAGCAGCAACAAGAACAACAACAACACAAACUAAAACUACAACUGCGAGAUCACCUACAACCCGUCCACCUGUCCGCAAACCAUGUAACACUCUGACUUCCUGUGACAGCUGCCUCACCAAUGUUUCAUGUUUGUGGUGUCAGACCAACAACACCUGUACAGAUUAUCCGGUGUCUUAUAUAAUCCCCCCGAGCUCCGUGUGUAAACUGUCUCAGGCCCGCUGGGGUGUUUGCUGGGUAAAUUUUGAGGCGUUGAUCAUCGCUAUGGCAGUGGUGAGCGGUGUGCUGCUGGUGGCCGUCACAGUCUGCUGCUGUUGCUGCUGUUGUUGCAGACGCCGCCGCUCCACAAGGGUUGAUCGGGAUGAGGAGCAGUACGCCAGAAGACGAGAAGAGAUCACACAGAGGGCUGAUGACCGGAGGGCAGAGAGGAGAACAAAACAUGAUCAAAUCCGCAAGAAGUAUGGUUUAAUCCCAGAUUCUGAUCAUCCGUACAGCAAAUUUGAGAACGAGUGAAGUCUCAGAUGUCCAGCGGUGGAAACUCAUCAGCACAUUCUCUGAACAAACAGAUUUCUGUGGGUUCGCUCGAGAUGCCGAUACUGAGAUUACCUUGUUCACCCUUUCAUUGGUUAUUUACUCGUCACUCUCUGCUCUCUCUCCAAACACAUCAGCAUCACAUUUUAAUGCUUAACACACAUGAUCGAUGGAAAAAACCAAAGUGGCUCUUGGACCAUCAGUAAUUAUUUUCUCUUUUAAAGCUAGAAACUGUUGAAGCAGAAGUUCUGUCAUUUUGUCUGUAGAACAAACAAGCUUCCAACAUUGUUUAUUUGUAGAAUCUAAACGCAGCUCUUAGUUCAUCUAUAUAAUGAAAACAUCUGUCACAUGUCAAAUGAGACUAAAACUGUCAUAAAUGUAGUUGAUUUGAAUCCUCUGAAGUCAUUCUGUAGUUUUGUGUGAGAACCAGAUGCUUCUAAUAAUCUCUGCGUCAGAUAUCAUAUCUCAUUUUCUCUUUAGCAUGUUUAAAUAUGUGCAUGUGUUGAGUUAAACUGAAUGAAGAUUUUAAGGGUACAGCAUCAGUAGACGUAGCUCAUACGUCCAUUGUUUGAUAUUGUAAAUGUGAGAGAGACGUGAAUGCCAUGUUGGCGAUCUCUUCUGCUUACGUUUGAAAGGACAUGAGCUGACAACUGAUUUUUUGGGGGUAAUGUUUUCUUUGAAACACGCUGAUUUGUUUGUGGUAAGACAAUUGAAACCAUAGUUUUAAAUCACUCUCGCUUCUGUGAAAUGACUUAGAUGUUUGUAAUUAUGCGUGUUCUUAUUACAACAUUUCCUAAUAAAAACAAGCUUUUAAAGAAGUGCAA